CACUCUGGAUUUGAGACGCAGCCCUCUCUGAGAGGACGCGCUCGUCACGUGACCAGGUUAGUUUACGAAGCCGAAAUCAGCCAGAUACGCGAUGAUCUCCCGAAAAUGAUCGUGAUCUGCUGGAAAAAUCUGUCCGACACAACCAUGACGAGCAGACGACCCUCAGCGGUAUGGCUCACUUAAACGAGCUGUGUCUUUUAGAGCAUUUUCGUGUUUCUUGUUGGUGGGUGACACAUUUAUUGGGACGCGACAGCAGAUCAGUGUGGAAGCGGACAGAGACAAAGGGAAAGGCUUUCAUAGCUAGAAUGCUUCGGGCCUAAAAGAAGCCAAGAGCAACAUGAACCGUGAAGACCGGAAUAUGCUCCGUAUGAAAGAAAGGGAAAGGAGAAAUCAAGAAAUCCAGCAGGGAGGAGAGGCCUUUCCAGCUAACUCUCCCCUCUUUCCUGAACCUUAUAAAUCCUGCAAGGAAGAUAAACUCUCAAGUCGCAUCCAGAGCAUGCUGGGAAAUUACGACGAGAUGAAGGAAACCAUCGGUGAACCCCCAAUGUCCAAACUCAUUCCCAAAGCCUCCAGCUCCUCCUCGGACGAUAAAUCCGGCCAGUACGCUGACCAGCGCGGCGGCACCCAGAGUCAGAACAGUAAAUGGACUCCAGUCGGCGGCAUCUCUUCCGCUCCCAGCUCGUCGUCCUCAACUUCCUCCUCCUCGCAGAAGCGCUCAUCCGUGCAGGGCAGCCACGGCAGCAGUCAGCGCAGCGGCGGUCAGCGGCACGAGCGAGACUACAGCAGCAGCAAGAAGUCCAGCAAGCACGGCUCCGAGCACAAAUCCCACUCCAGCCCGGCUAAGGGCUCCAUAAGCACCGGCGGACACUCGCGCGUCCGCACCAAGUCGCCCAGGGACAGGGACGCCAACUGGGACUCGCCCUCAAGAGUUCAUUCCUUCUCCAGCGGACAGCAUCCCAGCCAGAGCUUCCCGCCCUCGCUCAUCAAACCCAGCUCCAUGCUCCAAAAACCCACUGCCUAUGUGCGGCCCAUGGACGACCGGGAAACGGCCGAACCCAAGACCUCCUCGGAGUCGUACGGCGGUCAAUCGCACGGCAGCGCCGUGGGAGAAAUGAAGCCCAAUGCCAAGGCUUCCCUCACCAAGCUCAAGAUCCCGACGCAGCCUGUCGAUGUUUCAGUGGGAGCAGAUGCGAGCUGUGUUGAUGAAAUAUUAAAGGAAAUGACUCAGGUCUGGCCUCCUCCACUAACAGCCAUUCACACGCCUUGCAAGACAGAGCCGUCAAAGUUUCCUUUUUCCACCUCCAAGGAUGCCCAGCACCUGUCUUUUGGGGCCCAAAAAAAACUCUCAGGAAAGAGCACGUCUAAGCCAUCCGACAACGAGCAGUCCAACACGCUGCAUGAAGAUCUGCAGCUCAGCAGCAGCGAAGACAGUGAUGGAGAGCAAGAUCCUGCCAAAAACACCUCGACAAGUAACAACAGUAAUAACAGCGAGGCUCCUGAACAAGUGGACUCCAGCAGUCACAGCGGUUCUGAGAGCAGCUCUGGUUCGGACAGCGAGAGCGAGAGCAGCUCUACAGACAGUGAGAACAACGAACCACCUCGUCCUGCGUCACCCGAGCCGGAACAGCCCACGGCUAACAAAUGGCAGCUGGACAACUGGUUCAAGAAAGUCAACAAGUCGUCACCAGCUUCUCCGGUGGAGAACAACAGCACGACGCCAACAAAGUAUAAGAAAGAGGGGCGAGGAGAGAACUCCAGCAGGAUCUACAGUGGCUCAGGUUCAAAAGACGCGACGCCCUCUACCGGGCGAGACCUUCGGCCAAACCAGAAGGGGCAAGACAGGCGAAGUCAGAAGUCUCCCGCUCAGAGCGAGGCUGGAAGUCAGAAGGUGCGGCGACAGGAGGUGGGCAAGAAGCAGCCUAAAAAGCCAGACAAGCCGCCUGUGGUGGAGGAGCCAAAGGGUGGGCUCAAGGUGGAGACUGAACCCUCGCCCGAGAUCCCGUCGAACAGAGUUCGCGCGGCCAACAAGGGCCCCCGCAAGCCCAACAUCAAGAAGGAGCCCAAAACCUCCUCCCCUCGGCCGGCGCAAGACAAACGCAAGAAAACAGCCAGCAAGUCGCGCGAGUUCAUAGAAUCCGAUUCGUCAUCGUCGGACUCGGAGGGCAACGAAAGUGUCCCCUCUUCCUCGCAGACGCCGAGAGAGCAGUAUGCCGAGAACCCAUCUGUCCUGUUCUCGCCCAUGCUUUCCCCGCUGAGUGACCAAGAAGGAAGGCUGCCGCCCAGACUGCUGGUGCAGAUCGACCUCAGUCUGCUGUCCAGAGUGCCUGGUCGAGUCUACAAGGAAACCGAGGUGAAAGUGGAGAGGGGCUCCCCUGGUGAUGGAAAAGACUUCCAGAAACAGCCGGGAGAAAAGGGAGCCAGCAAGGGGAAGAGAAAACACAAGAAUGAUGAGGAUGGUCUCAAACCAGACAGUAAGAAGUCCAAACUGGAUGAAAAGUCAUCACACAAAUCGAGCAGUAAAGACUCGUCUAAGCGUGCUCAGGACAAAGAGAAGGAGUCUGCGCCCUCUCCUUCGAUUACGCUGCAGCGGACGCCCAAAUCCGAGCACCAGGGCCGUAAGCGGACGCUCAGCCAGUCCUCCGCCUCUGUACCCAGCAGCGCCAGCAGCAAAGACAGCAGCAAGAGCAGCUCCAACUCCAAACACCGCAAAGGCGACGACAAGCCCCUACGCAGGGAUGCCAAGGAGAAAAGCUCUAAAGCAGAGAAUCCCGUUGCAGUGCCGCCCCUCUCCGAUGGCUCUAAAUCUAGAUCCAAACUCCUCUUUGAGGACAGGGUUCAUUCGGCUGAUCAUUACCUUCAAGAGGCGAAGAAACUGAAACACAACGCAGAUGCUCUGAUGGACAGGUUUGAGAAGGCCGUGUACUACCUGGACGCUGUGGUGUCUUUCAUUGAGUGUGGAAACGCCCUGGAGAAAAGUGCCCAGGAGGCCAAAUCGCCUUUCCCCAUGUACGCAGAAACCGUGGAACUCAUCAAGUACACUAUGAAGCUGAAGAGUUACAUGGCUCCGGAUGCAACCUCUUCAGACAAAAGGCUAGCGGUGCUGUGCCUGAGGUGCCAAGCGCUCCUGUAUUUGAGGCUUUUCAAGCUACGCAAAGAAAGUGCACUGAAAUACUCUAAAACGCUCACUGAACACUUGAAGAAUUCGUUGAGUAAUAACCAAGCUCCAUCUCCUGGAGUAGCAAAUAAAACAGCGAGUAUGCCGUCUCCGGUCUCUCCUAAACUUUCCCCGGGCAGUGCGGGCAGCUACUCCUCCAGCAGCUCCAGCCAGAGCACCAGCUCCUCCGUCACCAUCCCGCAGCGCAUCCACCAGAUGGCAGCCAGCUACGUCCAGGUCACCUCCAACUUCCUCUACGCCAUCGAGGUGUGGGACCAGGCCGAACAGCUCGCCAAAGAGCAGAGAGAGUUCUUCGUCGAACUGGACAAGGCUAUGAGCCCGCUCGUCUUCAACACCAGCAGCAUGACUGACCUGGUGCGAUUCACGCGGCAGGGCCUGCACUGGCUACGACUGGACGCCAAGCUCAUACAGUAGAGCGGCCCCAUCUGCGCUCUAUCCGUAGCCCCUCUAUGCCUACGCAAAACACUCACACACUCGAUCUGCCUCAGACAUCUCUGUGACACUGUGUUCAUUUCUACACCAGCUUGCCAAAAAUGGAAACACUCAGUGCCCCGCCCCUCCACCACAGACCCUAUGAAUAUUCAUGAGAGGGGAGGCGGCCAAACCGCACGUCUGUCAGAGCGCUCAUACACUGCAUCAUCCUGCUCAUAUCAUCGGCUAAAGAAAAACAAAAGAGAAAAACAGCCUGCUUUCUUACUUUGACUGUCUUUUUGGUUUAUAUUCUGCUAGCUGUAAGCAAACAAGAAUAAUAAUUGGAUGUUUAUAGCUUUUUAUUUCAACCAAAGUACCUCCCUUUAACCAAAGGUGCUUUAAAAUUGAGGUUUUCUCCUUUUAUCAUUUUAUUGUGCCUUGUAUUUGAUAUACAGGAAACUGAGAGACACGAUAUCUUGACAUACACAUGUAGAAAGGAUGGACUUGCACACAGGGUGUGGAUCGCCAAAGGCUUGUAAAACGAGAAGCAGAAAGAACAUGAUGCACUCAGCAGAUAAUGAAUGCAGUGCUGGCUGAUCAAAUGUGCAGGCGUCUUUCUUGUAUACCAGACCAAAAGACUGUUCGGCACCAUAUCAAGGCAUUAUUACUAAUGAGUUGUGUUUUUUUUUUUUUUUCUUUCAUUUAAUUUAAUUAAAUUUUUUGGCCUGGCUCAUCCACAGAUGCCACAUCGGAGUUAUAGCCUGUCAUAUUUGUAUACGUCACUACUUCAAACUCCCAGGCCAAGAUUUUUAUACGAAAUGUAGCGCUCGCAUAGGUGUCACUUUCUCGCUCUUGAUUUUCUGGUAUUAAACGCAGGAGUAUUUUAUUACCUUGGCUCAGCCGAAUAUAGAUUUUAUUUAGAUAAGGGCAAAUCGCUUCGUUCCAAGUUGCGUUUUCACUCUUGGGCAUGGAUACAGGGUUGCAAUACGAGAGGAGAGACGUAUUUCUAUUGUAUAUGAAAAUAUCAUAUUUAAAUAUUUAAUGUGAGUCUUGAGGUUGCCUUUAUAGUGUCAUAGUCACCUGUGUGUUGCAGUUCUUUUAAAAGAAAGCAGUCAUGUAAGGAUAUAUUUAUGUGUUCUGUUGAGAAUAGCAGUUUAUAUAUGUACAUAUUACAUAUAGGGAUUUAGCACAGACUGACCCGAAAUCCAUACACGCAGUAAAUCCGAUCGAAACUUUGAUGGGUUUAGCACCAGAAAGAGGAAGGUUGAGUGAAAAGUCAAUCUACCGGAUAUGAAAUGCUGGAAACUUAGCAUCUCUUGCACUAGAAUCUUUCCUCUAAUUGGCUCCCAAACUGUUUUUUUCUGUCUAUGCAGAUGUUUUUCUAACGAGGACCCCUGCCAGUUAAAACUUUCAUCAGUUAAACUUCUAGAGGUUAAACAUUUACUGAUACAUCACUGAUGCGCUUGUCAUGAGCCUCUACCAAUAAAUUCAUUGAGUUAUAGGGGUGAGGUCGGUUAAUUGUGCUUUUAUGUAAAUGAAUUCAUGCACUAAUGUGAUUUCUGUACCAGAUUCAUGAUGAUAAAGUAACUGCGUAUGAAUAUGGAUCGUUCAGAUGAUUUUCCCAUGGUCUUUUUGCUUCUCCAGACAUGAAGUUGUUGUGCUGUGUCCUUUUUUCAGUUUUUAUUGUUUUUAUCUUUUCUACUAGAGGUAGUGCUUUUAGAGGAUUAGACUGAAUGAUUGAUUUUAAAUCCAUCUUUAAUUUUCUUUGUGAUCAUAACUUUACCCAGGGUGAGAGACUUUCUUUUUUCUUUUUUUUUUCUUUCGUCCAGUUGAAAAAUAACACUCGCAUGUUUCUAUUUAAAUACUAAGCUGUACAGAUGUACAUAAAAAUUCUCUUUUAGGGUAAAUUUUUACGACAAUUUAACAUUUGUAUUAAUUGUAAAUAGAAUGUGAAUAUAUUAAAUGCACAUUUUCGUUACUAAAUUUUUUUUUUUCAACAGAACACUGUAUGUUAUUGAUGUCAUGUUCAGAUUUCCUGUGCUAUAUGAACAUGGCUUUCUGUCAUUCAAAUGGUGAUGUUGGUCAGGUUGAAAUGGGCUAAAUGCAGUUGACUAUAAGAAAGGUCUGCCAUUAGUGACAUUUUGAGCGGAUCUCGAUGUCUGUAUUUAGUGCUCAUUUUAUAGUGAUCUCAAAACAAUCAUUGGCAAGCAGUAUAAAAUCAUUUUAGUUUUCAAAGUAUUGACAAGAGAUUGACAAGAAGAAAUCUACAUAUAUAUAUAUAUUCAUAUAUGGAUGCAAUAUGAUUUAUGUUUUAAAGGUACUCUUAUGAGCCUCGAUUAUCCAAACUUGUAAUAACUUGUAAUUUAAACACUUUUUUUUUUUUUUUUUUUGGUGAAGUGAGUAUUACUAAUGGAUUUUCUGAGUCUGUUGCGAAUCAUCUUUGUAUUUU